ACUCGGGUUAAUCAAUCAAACUGUGUGAGACACAUUGUGUCAACAAAAAAAAAGAAAUAAUAAUAAUAAUGGGAAGAUGGGCAAUCGCAGUACACGGUGGCGCCGGAAUCGACCCUAACCUUCCCGUCGAAAAACAAGAACAGGCCAAACAGCUUUUAACUCGCUGUCUUAACCUCGGCAUAGCAGCUUUACGUUCCAAUGUCUCCGCCAUUGACGUCGUUGAGCUCGUCGUGAGAGAAUUGGAGACAGAUCCUCUGUUUAACUCAGGCCGUGGAUCUGCUUUGACAGAGAAUGGAACGGUUGAGAUGGAAGCUAGCAUUAUGGACGGUACGAAGAGACGAUGCGGCGCCGUUUCGGGGAUCACAACCGUUAAGAAUCCGAUAUCUCUCGCUCGUCUCGUCAUGGACAAAUCUCCCCACUCUUACCUUGCCUUCUCAGGCGCGGAGGAUUUCGCCCGCAAACAGGGAGUUGAAACUGUGGAGAACGAUUACUUCGUCACGGAAGACAACGUGGGGAUGCUCAAGCUAGCCAAAGAAGCUAACUCCAUCUUGUUUGAUUACCGGGUCCCACUGAUAGGAUGCGCCGGAGCCGCGGUAACGGACAGUCCACUCCAGAUGAACGGACUUCCGAUCAGCAUCUACGCGCCGGAGACGGUAGGAUGCGUGGUGGUGGACGGAGAAGGACGGUGCGCCGCGGGGACAUCAACGGGAGGUCUGAUGAACAAGAUGAUGGGAAGGAUAGGAGACUCGCCGCUGAUAGGAGCCGGGACGUACGCGUCGGAGCUUUGUGGAGUGUCGUGUACAGGAGAAGGAGAAGCCAUCAUAAGGUCGACGCUGGCGCGUGACGUGUCGGCUGUUAUGGAGUACAAAGGAGUUGGGCUACAAGAAGCGGUUGAUUACGUCAUCAAGGAGAGGCUUGACGAAGGGUUCGCUGGACUUAUAGCUGUGUCGAGUAAAGGAGAGGUGGUUUGUGGUUUUAACUGUAAUGGGAUGUUUAGAGGAUGUGCAACGGAGGAUGGGUUCAUGGAAGUUGCUAUGUGGGAGUGAGAUAGAGCUCUCUUUGUGUUCCACUAUUAAUGUUUGUGAGUGUAUGAUUUGUCUCUGCUUAAUGGGUAAUAAAAAAAUUCAGCUCACAAAAUAACAACUAAAAGUGGUGGUGGUAGUUAGUAGCUUAACCUUUCAUGAAUCCAAUCUUCAUGUACUUGUGGAGGCAGUCUCUGAAAGUUUCAAGCACUGCUCUUUCAUGUAAAUAUCUCUUUCAUUGAAACUUGUCUUGGUAUGGGAAUCCACCUCUUCAUUGUAUUGAGUAUCA